CAGCUGCCUGAAGAAAACAAUAUUUCCGAGCAUCGGUAUCAGCAGCUUUACGACGUCUUGCGUCCUUUAGUGGCGGGGUACUUCUCUUUCGCCAUUUUUCAGCUUGUAGCUCGGCUUUAAAUACUGUCUUUUUUUUGUUAGGUUACUUUCAGUCAGCAGCCUCCCUACGGGUGUUUUUGAAGUACCGUAAUGGAGUGUCGCAUCUUGUCCAUCCAGAGUCAUGUUGUCAGGGGUUACGUAGGGAACAAGUCAGCAACAUUCCCGUUACAGGUGCUGGGCUUUGAAGUGGACUCCAUCAACUCUGUGCAGUUUUCCAAUCACACAGGCUACGCCCACUGGAAGGGGCAGGUGCUGACCGCCGAGGAGCUGAACGAGCUCUACGAAGGCAUCAAGCUCAAUAAAGUCAACCGGUACGACUAUAUUCUCACAGGGUACUGCAAGGACAAGUCCUUCCUGGAAGUGGUGGUUAGUAUUAUCCAGGAACUAAAGAAGGCCACCCCCGGCUUGGUAUAUGUUUGUGAUCCUGUUAUGGGAGACCAUGGCUUAUUGUAUGUUCCAGAGAACUUGCUGCCUGUCUACAAGAACGAAGUAGUGCCUUUGGCAGAUAUUCUCACCCCGAACCAGUUUGAAGCAGAGUUGUUAACUGGGAGGAAAAUAAAGACCGAAGACGAUGCCGUUGAGGUGAUGGAUUUGCUUCAUGAGAUGGGUCCAGACACCGUGGUCCUCACCAGUACCGAUCUGCCCUCAAAACACGGGGACCAGUUCUUGGUGGCGCUUGGGAGCCAAAAAACAAGGAACCCAGACGGGACCAGCAGCAGCAUGAAAAUCUGCAUGGACAUCCCCCAAGUGGAUGCGGUGUUUGUGGGGACAGGAGAUCUGUUUGCUGCCAUGCUGCUAGCCUGGACUCACCAUCAUCCCAAGGACCUAAAGACUGCCUUUGAAAAGACAGUUUCGGUUAUGCAGCAUGUCGUUAAGAGGACCUUCACUUAUGCAAAUGAGAUGGCCGGCCCCGGGAACAGGCCCAGUGCCGCUCAGCUGGAGCUGAGGAUGAUCCAGAGCAAAGCAGACAUUGAAAACCCUUCCGUCGUCGUUGAAGCUAAGGUCUUACAGAAGUCUUCGCACCAAAAGAAGUAGACUUCCUGCGGACGUUCACAAAACAUUGGUACGAAUCCAGUUGUUCAGCUGGAUACAUGUGAAACGUACUCAUUGAUGACAGCAUUCAUGUCUCUGCCUUACAAAACCUCUGACCACGUCAGCAGGAUGUGUUAUAUGUAAACGCUCUGGUGCCACUGCCAUAUGUGUCCGUCUUACGGUGUUUGCAGAUGAAAUUUGGCCCUCGGUUAUAACAGAAAAAGGAGAGUUGAGUUAAAACUUAUAUAAUUGUGCUUCAUUUGUCCUAGAAUAGUAAAAGUGAGUUCAUUCUCUAAAACAACUCAUUCCAGAUAAAUACAUUUAAAAAAAAGUGCAUUUGCCUGAUCAGACCUAGUCACAUCUACUUAGAAGCACAACAGUCUCCUGUUCAAGUAAACUAUUAUUACAUCAUGAAUUUAGGAAACUGCUCACAUAUUUAUCGCACCUUCCAUAAGAUGUGGAACAUUUUAUGCAACUAAAUCUAACCACGGUCUAGAUUUACUAACACUGUUUAAUUACACGUUGUUUUAUUUUCAAAGAAAAUGUAACUUUAAUGAUAAUCAUGUUAAUGACUGGUGUAAAAAAAAACAGUUAUUUUAAUCACCUUUUUUUAAUUAUGCAACGCUUUCUUGAACAAGCAGGCGUGUUAGAUUCAUGUCCUGUCGCAAAUUGAGGUAUUUGCACAGAUAAUCUUUGACAUAUUCACCAGUGAUCUCUGUUUUUGUUUGUGACUCUGUUGUCAUCGUAAAGAGCCCGUAGGAGAGACCACACUGUUUAGCCUUAACAAGGUUUGAGAGAAGAGGUUAUAUAUCGGUCACGAAUGUUUUUAGCAGAACCGUAACAUGGUGUCUGGGAGAGUGAAGUGCCAAACCUUUAACUGUUGCUCAUUUGUAGAGCAAUGUAAUGAACAGAGAAAAUAAAUGACUAAUCUUUUGCUGAAAA